GGGGGGCGCGGCUGGCACGGGCGCGGAGAGGCGGUGCCGGGCAUGGGCAGGGGACGCGGCGGCCCCACGGCGCGGGGAGAGGGCGGCGGGGGCGGAGGCGGCAGCUAGCGCCCUGCCCGGCGCCGCCUCGCUGGGUGCGCUCGCCCGGCGGACCGGCAGGCGGCGGACCGCGGCCCAGCCCAGGCCGCAGGGACGGGCCCUGCCAACGCGCAGAAGUAGCUGUGGCAAGAAGCUCAGAACCAAGCCGGUGUCAUCACAGCUCGUAGGAGUUCCGUAGUGUGACUGGCAACGUUGGGUCAAGAUGGUGGACACGGAAAGCCCAAUUUGCCCCCUCUCCCCACUUGAGCCUGAUGAUCUGGAAAGCCCGUUAUCUGAAGAAUUCCUGCAAGAAAUGGGAAACAUUCAAGAGAUUUCUCAAUCUAUUGGCGAAGACAGUUCCGGAAGCUUUAGUUUUACAGAAUACCAAUAUUUAGGAAGUGGCCCAGGAUCAGAUGGGUCAGUGAUCACCGAUACCCUUUCUCCAGCGUCAAGUCCCUCAUCGGUCACUUUUCCUGGGAUUCCUGGCAGUGCCGAUGAGGCGUCCAGCGUAGCAUUGAACAUUGAAUGCAGGAUCUGUGGGGACAAAGCCUCAGGCUACCACUACGGAGUUCACGCAUGUGAAGGCUGCAAGGGCUUCUUCCGGAGAACCGUCAGACUAAAGCUGGCCUACGACAAAUGUGACCGUGGCUGCAAGAUCCAGAGAAAGAACCGGAAUAAGUGCCAGUACUGCCGAUUCAACAAGUGCCUCUCGGUUGGGAUGUCCCAUAAUGCAAUUCGGUUUGGACGGAUGCCAAGGUCCGAAAAAGCAAAGCUGAAGGCAGAGAUUCUUACCUGUGAACAUGAUAUAGAAGAUUCUGAAACGGCAGAUCUCAAAUCUCUGGCCAAGAGAAUUUACGAGGCCUACUUGAAGAACUUCAACAUGAACAAGGUCAAGGCACGGGUCAUCCUCGCGGGGAAAACCAGCAGCAACCCGCCUUUUGUUAUCCAUGACAUGGAAACAUUGUGUAUGGCUGAGAAGACGCUCGUGGCCAAGCUGGUGGCCAACGGCAUCCAGAACAAAGAGGCGGAAGUCCGCAUCUUCCACUGCUGCCAGUACACGUCCGUGGAGACCGUCACCGAGCUCACGGAAUUCGCCAAGUCCAUCCCCGGCUUUGCAAACUUGGACUUGAAUGAUCAAGUCACUUUGCUGAAAUAUGGAGUUUAUGAGGCCAUAUUUGCCAUGCUGUCGUCUGUGAUGAAUAAAGACGGGAUGCUAGUAGCCUAUGGAAAUGGUUUUAUAACUCGUGAAUUCUUAAAAAGCCUAAGAAAACCAUUCUGUGAUAUCAUGGAGCCUAAGUUUGAUUUCGCCAUGAAGUUCAACGCGCUGGAGCUGGACGACAGUGAUAUCUCCCUUUUUGUGGCUGCUAUAAUUUGCUGUGGAGACCGCCCUGGCCUUCUCAACGUGGGGCACAUCGAAAAGAUGCAGGAAGGCAUCGUGCAUGUGCUCAAGCUGCACGUGCAGAGCAACCACCCAGAUAACGCCUUUCUCUUCCCAAAACUUCUGCAAAAAAUGGCAGACCUCCGGCAGCUGGUCACCGAGCACGCGCAGCUUGUCCAGGUAAUCAAAAAGACGGAGUCUGAUGCAGCUCUGCACCCACUGCUGCAAGAGAUCUACAGGGAUAUGUACUGACUUCUUAGAAAUGAACAAGGAAAGGAAACUUGGAGGAUUUUUAAAGGUGACGGCACUACGCACGAGAAACGGGAGCAACGCACCUUACACAUCCACCAUCGUAGCCUUAGGGGAUGGAAGUAUAAGCUCUAGGUAACCGGGAUCCUAGUCCACAUUUCUUUCUUUUUUUAACCAGUAAUUCUAGGAGCGUGCAAAGUAUCAAAAUGCUGGUGAUAAGUGGCUGAUGGUCAGGACUUGGAAAAUAGGAGAAGGAUGUCUAGCAGUCUGAUUUUCACUCGCCUAACAAUAAUCUGUGCAGAUUUCUUUAUAUCACGUACUUUACCAUUGAAUUAACCGUUGACCUCAAAAUGCAGUCUGUCUUCCCUUUCUGCCGCUUUUGACUGCUCUGCUCCUUUAUAAUUUUGAAAACUAAUCAGCACUUUCUUUUAUAAUCCUGUAAAUCUAGAUGUAUCCAAAAGUUAGGUAUUUGAAAAGCAGCAGAAUAUUUAUUUGGAAGACUUCAGUUCUGUUUCCUGAACUUGAAGAAAGACAGCAUGAUGUUUUUUAAUCAUAGGGUUUAGAAUUUCAAAGAAUUCUUUGAUAAGCUAUCAAAAUGCAGUGGUUUUGUUUCCAGCUGUUUUCAUGGUUGUAACUAAUAUGUGGAAAAGCCUGUUCCCAGGUUUGUGUGGAAGAUGCCAGACAAACCACAUCUCAGGACCCUCCCCUGGACUUGCUCAUAUGCCUGUUUAAGCAUUCGUGGUCAGCAGGAACAGACAGACCCCCGGCAGUACGUCAGAUGUCCAUGCCUCUCACCUCUCUCCUAUCAGACCCGAACCACCCCGGUCAGGCUGUUUGGGGGUCAUGAGAGUGUUUUCCUGGGCAAGCCAACAAAUUAUUCAUAACUGUUCCUCUGGGGCCUGUGUGUCAAGGCAGCUGCUUGGUCUUUUCCCAUGUUGCUUUUUAAAAUAUGCAGCUUUAUUUUUCUAACUCUCAGUGGUAGAAUGGAGAUGAGACAAAUGUGACUUUACAGGGUGGGCUGGAGUUGGGGGUCCCUGGAGAACAAGAGAGGCAGGUGUGAAGCCCUUCCUAUGGUGGUCUUUCUUAGUCUCAGGAUUCUCAACAGGCUGGUUGUUUUUACAGAGAUUCAGACAGUUAAUCCCCUGUUCCAAUUACAUAAGGUGAUUUUCCAACAUCUGAAAUAUCUGUGUCAGCCUUAAAGACCAACUUUUCAACCUCGGCACAGUUAGGAAGGCAGCGUUCAUUAUGGUUUCCGUCUAGAGCUUAUGGACUGGAAAUGCACUUUCUGCCCACGCAGUAGAUCAGUGCCCCAUCAGAGUACUUGGGCUCAGCCUGCCAGGACCAGCGCCUCCAUGGGAUUCACCAGACACCUGGUGGUGGGCAGCGUUUAUGGCUUGGCUGUACCCUGGAUGCGCCCCACAAUCUUGAGAAAAUUUGGCUUUAGAAGGUUGUUAUUAUUUUGCUGGUAAACAAUGAUGGGAUUGAAAUGGAUGCAGCUCCUGAGAUGAGCUUUAUGCAAAUGAGAAGUAGAGGGAACAGGAAAUUAUGGAUUUCAACAAGAAAAAAGCAGGAGUUAAAAUAGCUCCUUAUUUCUCGCCUUCUGAAGUCACAGUCAAGCUGAUGGAAGGCCCAGGCUCUGCAUCAGGGGUGUCAGUGAAGCCACAGAGGGGGACACACAGAUCUCCGCUCAAAAAUCACUUGACAUUGUUCACUUUUACUAAUGGGAAGAAAAUCACAUGUUCCCACUCAUUCUAAGGAAGAGUCAUUAAUUGCCACUCAGAAUGUUUUGGGUCACCUACUUGAAGAUUUCUCAGAGCAUUAGUAGUCAGAUGUAGACGAAUUACUCACUAGUCCCACAGACUGUAGAUUUCAAGUAGGAACUAUUAGAGGAGUCCUAGGUUUGGGCAGACAACAGUGUAAUGUACAGUGGGAAUGCUGGGCGGGUUCAGGAAGCUGCAAACGGCCUCCUCCCAUGGGGCUGCAGGGUGGGGUGCAGCUCCCCUCCUCACCUCCUUGGCCUCUUCUGCAAGCCACUGUUAGACCAAUGGUGCCGGACUCUACAGAGGCCACGACACCCUCCACCCCCACCUCCCCGGCUCCAGCGCUGAGAGGGCGAAAGGGCAC